CGCUCUGUGGAAUCAUCCACUCGCGGUUUACUGUGAGCUUGUACCAACCGUCGUGGUGAUGUGUUUGGACUGAUGACCUCCAGCUACGGUUCAUGACAGAGUCCAAAGGUGGCCUUGCAAGAUCAGCCUCCCUUCACCUCCCCUCCUUCUCUACUCCCUCCUUUUCUUCUUCCUCCUCCUCCGUGGUACCCGGGUUCAGCACCGUGGACAGCUCCCAGCCUCCGCACGUAAACCGCCGCCUGCGGUCAGGCGGUUAAACGCACGCAGGACAGCCAGGGGUCGGCCGCACUUUGAACACAUGAGAGACAGCAAUUUGGGAGAUUUGGCAGCUUUUCUUUUUUUAACAACCCAGCGACGGAUGUGACAUUACUAAAGAUUGUUUCCGAAGUCAGAGAAACGAGGCCGAAACAAUGAUCUCCCGAUAUAAACCGAGUCCCGGUUCCACCAUGUCCUUGGCGUUCUGUGGGAAUGAGAAUAACUCGCUGGCCUAUAAUGUGGACGGGGGCGUUCUCAACAACGGCUGUUUCCUGGAUGCUCUCAAUGUGGUCCCACAUGUUUUUCUCCUCUUCAUCACCUUUCCCAUCCUCUUCAUCGGUUGGGGCAGCCAGAGCUCAAAGGUCCACAUCCACCAUAGUACCUGGCUUCACUUUCCUGGCCACAACUUGCGCUGGCUACUCACCUUCGUCCUGCUCUUCAUCCUCGUCUGUGAGAUUGCUGAGGGCAUUGUCUCUGAUGGGUUCAGCCAGUCCCUCCAUCUUCACCUGUACAUGCCUCCGGCUCUGGCCUUCAUGGCUGGCAUCACCUCUAUCGUCUACUAUCAUAACAUUGAGACGUCCAAUUUCCCCAAACUUCUAUUAGCCCUGCUGAUCUACUGGGUGCUGGCCUUCAUCAUGAAGACCAUCAAGUUUGCAAAGUACACGGAGCACGGCAUCGGCCCCAGGCAGCUUCGCUACUGCAUCACGGGACUGUUGGUGCUGCUGUAUGGACUUCUACUGGCUGUAGAAAUCAAUGUCAUCCUGGGGAGGCGCUACAUGUGUUUCGCCAAUCCAACAGAGGUGAAGCCUCCAGAAGACCUUCAGGACCUCGGCGUUCGUUUCCUGCAGCCCUUCGUCAACUUGUUGUCUAAAGCCACCUACUGGUGGAUGAACACCUUCAUUACCUCCGCUCACAGACGGCCCAUUGACCUGAAGGUUAUUGGCAAGCUGCCCAUCGCAAUGAGAGCUUUAACAAACUACAUAAAGCUUCGCAAGGAGUUUGAAGACCAGAAGAGUCCUCAGGGCACAGCACCCCAAGGUCCAAAGUGGAUCUGGUUGGCCUUGAGGAAAGCGUUCGGGAGACCUCUCAUCCUCAGCAUCACAUUCCGCUUCCUGGCCGAUCUUCUGGGCUUUGUUGGUCCUCUCUGCAUCUCUGGCAUCGUUCAUCAUAUCAGCAAAGACAAUCGGACCAUUCAGCAACCGAUGAAGCUGCUUGGUAUCUAUUUCAUUUCCUCGAAGGAGUUUCUGGAGAAUGCUUACGUUCUGGCAGUGCUGCUCUUCUUCGCCCUGCUCCUGCAGAGGACCUUCCUCCAGGCGUCCUACUAUGUGGCCAUUGAAACUGGCAUCAACCUGCGUGGGGCCAUACAGACAAAAAUCUACAACAAGAUCAUGCGUCUGUGCACGUCCAACAUGUCCAUGGGAGAGCUGACUGUGGCUCAGAUCUGCAACCUGGUUGCCAUAGAUACCAACCAGCUCAUGUGGUUUUUCUUCCUCUGUCCUAACCUGUGGGCCAUGCCAGUUCAGAUUAUUGUGGGAGUGAUCCUCCUCUACUACCUCUUGGGAAUCAGUGCCUUGAUUGGAGCAACUGUCAUCGCUCUGUUAGCUCCUGUACAAUACUUUGUGGCCACAAAGCUAUCCCAAACACAAAAGAGCACUCUGGAAUACUCCAGUGAACGCCUAAAGAAGACCAAUGAGCUGCUGAGGGGCAUCAAGUUGCUGAAGUUGUACGCCUGGGAGAACGUCUUCCGAGACAGUGUGGAAGAGACCCGAGGCAAAGAGCUCACCAGCCUGCAGGCAUUUGCUCUUUAUACAUCCAUAUCCAUUUUUAUGAAUGCAGCUAUUCCUAUUGCAGCUGUGCUGACAACGUUUGUGGUCCACGUCCACAUUUCUGAGGAUGCCGAUCUGUCCCCAGCUGUGGCCUUUGCUUCUUUGUCCCUCUUUCACAUCCUGGUCACCCCCCUCUUCCUCCUCUCCAGCGUGGUGCGCUCCACCGUUAAGGCUCUUGUAAGUGUUCAGAAGCUCAGUGAGUUUUUCUCAAGCGAUGAGAUUGGAGAUGAGCAGGAGCCCAGGGCGACCGUCACAUCUGGCUGCAGCAAUCACAACCAAAAUAGGUACCAGGCUGUGUCAUCCUCUAAACCUCGCCCUUCGUCAUCCUUGUCCACUUUGUCCCAAUUACUGCAGCCCCUAAAGGUGGUGAACCGGAAGCGCCCUCCGAGGGACGACUGGAACAAUUACAGCUCGCCGGGGGACCAGGAGGGUGAUGGACCCUCCCAGGACAUGGAUCAAGACAUCUGUAUCAAGAUUACAAGUGGUUAUUUCACCUGGACAGAUGGACCGCCAACACUUUCUAAUGUGGACAUCAAGAUUCCUUUUGGUAAGCUGACUAUGAUUGUGGGCCAGGUUGGCUGCGGGAAGUCGUCUCUGCUGCUGGCAGCGUUGGGAGAGAUGCAGAGAAUAUCGGGAACAGUCAUCUGGAACAGCCUGCCAAGCUUUGAGUGUGAAGGAGAUGAAAGUCCUACAGACAGAGAUGCAGCUAGUGAUGGAGACAUCAGGAAGAGGGGCGCCGUGGCCUAUGCUUCCCAGAAGCCCUGGCUGUUGAAUGCCACCCUGGUGGAAAACAUCACCUUUGAGAUGCCCAUGAUAAAAUCAAGAUACAAAGCUGUGAUCGAGGCUUGCUCCCUUCAGCCAGACAUUGACAUCCUUCCACAGGGGGACCAAACAGAGGUUGGGGAAAGGGGCAUCAUCCUGUCAGGAGGACAGAAACAGCGAAUCAGUGUGGCCAGAGCGUUGUAUCAGCAGACCAACGUGGUCUUUCUGGAUGACCCAUUUUCUGCCUUAGACAUCCAUCUGAGUGACCACCUGAUGCAGGACGGCAUCCUGAAGAUGCUGAGAGAGGAGAAGAGGACGGUGGUGUUGGUCACACACAAACUUCAGUAUUUACCACAUGCAGACUGGAUUAUUGCUAUGAAAGAUGGCACUAUCCAGACUGAAGGGACUCUGAAAGACAUCCAGAAGUCUGAACCAGAACUGUUUGAGCACUGGAAAACCCUGAUGCACAGACAGGACCAGGAGUUUGAGACGGAAACAGUAGCAGCGAGUAUGACUGAUCUUGAGAGGAAAAACCUGCGGAGGGCCAUGUACUCCAGAGAAGCUGCGAGGACUGAAGAGGACGAGGAAGAGGAAUCUGUGGAAAGUGAAGAAGAUGACAACCUGUCUCAGGUGAUGCGUCAGCGAGCCACCAUCCCCUGGCGCUCCUGCAGCACCUACCUGUCCUCUGCAGGGCUCCUCCUCCUCACCCUGCUCCUCCUGUCACAGCUCCUCAAACAUUCCCUCAUGGUCGCCAUCGACUACUGGCUGGCACACUGGACGUCGCACGUCAUCAUGUCCAAAAUAGACGCAACGGCUCAUAACUGCACAGUUGUUCAGGACUGUGGCUUCAGUCACUCGUGGUAUCUGUCUGUGUUCAGCGUGCUGUGCUGCCUGGGCAUCAUCCUCUGCCUCGCCACCUCUGUGGCUGUGGAGUGGACGGGCCUCAAAGUGGCCAAAGAUCUCCACCACAACCUGCUCAACAAGAUCAUACUGGCCCCCAUGAGGCUGUUUGAGACGACUCCUCUCGGCAGCAUCCUGAACAGGUUUUCCACAGACACGAACACCAUCGACCAGCACAUCCCCACCACGCUGGAGUGCCUCUCCCGCUCCACGCUGCUGUGUGUGUCUGCUCUGGGUGUCAUCUCCUACGUGACCCCCGUCUUCCUCAUCGCCCUCCUGCCGCUGGCUAUCGCCUGCUACUUCAUCCAGAAAUACUUCCGGAUGGCUUCCAGGGACCUGCAGCAGUUGGAGGACAGCACCCAGCUUCCUUUACUCUCCCACUUCUCUGAGACAGUGGAAGGCAUCAUCACCAUCAGAGCGCUCAGGUAUGAGCCCAGGUUCAGACAGAGGCUGCUACAGUUCACUGAUGCCAACAACAUCGCCUCGCUCUUCCUCACCGCGGCCAACCGUUGGCUGGAAGUCCGCAUGGAGUACAUCGGAGCCUGUGUGGUGUUGGUGGCAGCUGUGGCCUCCAUCACUAACUCGCUGUACAACCAGCUUUCUCCUGGUCUGGUGGGGCUCGGGCUGACCUAUGCUCUCAUGGUGUCCAACUACAUGAACUGGAUGGUGCGUAAUUUGGCAGACAUGGAGGUGCAGCUUGGCUCAGUCAAGAGGAUUAAUAGCCUGCUCAAAACUGAACCAGAGAAUUACGAGGGACUCCUCACUGUGUCUCAGGUGCCUGACGGAUGGCCCCAGCAUGGAGAGAUCAAGAUCCAGAACCUGAGCGUCCGCUACGACACCACGCUGAAGCCUGUGCUCAAAAAUGUCAACGCACACGUGAGCCCCGGUCAGAAGGUUGGGAUCUGUGGCAGGACUGGCAGCGGCAAAUCCUCCUUCUCCUUGGCCUUCUUCCGCAUGGUUGACAUGUUUGAGGGGAGGAUUGUGAUUGACAACAUUGACAUCGCCAAGCUGCCUCUGCAGACCCUCAGGUCUCGGCUGUCCAUCAUCCUCCAAGACCCCAUCCUGUUCAGCGGCACCAUCCGAUUCAACCUGGAUCCAGAGAUGAAGGCGACAGACGAGAUGCUGUGGGAGGCGCUGGAGAUUGCUCAACUCAAGCAUGUUGUUAAAACCCUGCCAGGAGGCCUGGAUGCCAUGGUGACGGAGGGAGGAGAAAACUUCAGUCAGGGUCAGCGACAGCUCUUCUGCCUGGCCAGAGCCUUCGUCAGGAAGAGCAGCAUCCUCAUCAUGGAUGAGGCCACAGCCUCCAUAGACAUGGCAACGGAGAGCAUCCUGCAGAAAGUGGUGAUGACUUCUUUUGCUGACCGGACAGUCGUAACUAUAGCUCAUCGCGUCCACACCAUCCUAAACGCCGACCUGGUGAUUGUGAUGAAGCGGGGGAUCAUCCUGGAGCACGACACGCCCCAGGCCCUGCUGGACAGGGAGGACAGCAUCUUCGCCUCCUUUGUGCGAGCAGACAAGUAGCACGAAAACAGAAAAGCUUGGAAGAGUUAAAGGAAGACAUUCAAAGUGCAAUUGUCCCAUGGAAUAUAUAUAUUCCUUUUAUUUUUUAAUCAUCUUGUAUUAUAUUUGUACAUAAAAAUAUGAAUUCUUUGUUAAUAAAACAUAAAUUAUCAAUACAGGUUAUUUUUAUUUUUAUUGAUGGGAAGGAAUGAGAUGAUAACAGAAGUGAUAGGAGUGUGUUUUGUGUGUGAUGAGGGACUUGAUGCUCUGUAAAAACCAGAUUGUUCAUGACAGGAUUGCAGGUUAGAACCAGCUUGUAAUCCAGCUGAUAUGAUUUACAAAGAUGGAAGAAAAAGGAACCAAACCAAGUUGGGACUGGAUGUUAAUAAAGACCUAAAUCUGGUUCCUGGGAUUGAAUUUAUGUGUUCAUGAGUGAAACUCUUGAGGUUUAGUGGCCUGGGAAAGACUUGAAGCAGUGGCCUAUAUUUAAACUAUUAUAUAUUCAGAGUAUGAGCCGCCUGUGGGGUUUAAGAUGCACAACAGACUAGUUUUACUACGUAGAUGGGGAGGCCCCUCGUGCGUCCUCACAGAGGAUUGGUGCGCCUUUGUUGCGCCUCUUUCUUUGUAGACAGGAUAGAGGAGCUUUGCAGAGCCGUGAACCGUUAAUGCAUAGUGCGUAGGAUCCGUUCGGGGUGAGUGGGCGAGCAUCUGCGACGCUAUGAGGGGUCCGUUUAGCUGCAAAAUAGCGCGAUAUUUGUGUUUAGAAGGCAAUUAAAAAUCACAGGAAGGACGCGGAGCGGAUGGUGGGGGAGGGACUGCCUCUCCACCUCA